UUGGGAACAAAGCUUCUACCCCUCUUUCUCUCAAUGUUCAUAUAGAUCAAUAACAUCGUACGUCUUUUCACUGAAUCGGAAAACCAACUGCAAAGCUCUGACGAAUUUCCAAAACAUAAAAAAAUGAGUAGAGGAAGCGGCGGCGGCUAUGAUCGGCAUAUUACGAUCUUCUCGCCGGAAGGACGUCUCUUUCAAGUCGAAUACGCGUUUAAGGCUGUGAAGGCCGCGGGAAUCACCUCCAUUGGCGUCCGAGGAAAAGAUUCUGUAUGUGUGGUUACUCAGAAGAAAGUCCCGGACAAGCUAUUGGAUCAGACAAGUGUAACCCAUCUGUUUCCUGUAACCAAGUAUCUUGGAUUGUUGGCUACUGGAAUAACAGCUGAUGCUAGGACCUUGGUCCAACAGGCUAGGAAUGAAGCUGCUGAGUUCCGCUUUAGAUAUGGAUAUGAAAUGCCAGUGGAUGUGCUGGCCAGAUGGAUUGCAGACAAAUCACAGGUCUAUACCCAGCAUGCUUAUAUGAGACCACUUGGAGUAGUUGCAAUGAUUCUGGGUAUAGAUGAGGAGAAAGGCCCUCAGCUCUUCAAGUGUGAUCCUGCAGGUCAUUUUUUUGGUCACAAGGCAACUAGUGCAGGAGUAAAAGAACAAGAGGCAAUCAACUUUCUUGAGAAGAAAAUGAAAAAUGACCCGGCUUUCAGUUACGAAGAAACUGUACAGACUGCAAUCUCUGCUCUCCAAUCUGUUCUACAAGAAGAUUUCAAGGCCAGUGAGAUUGAGAUUGGCGUUGUGAGGCAAGAAGAUCCAUCCUUUAGAGUGUUAUCCACUGUAGAGAUUGAUGAGCAUUUGACAGCCAUCAGCGAGCGUGACUAAUCAGCCACACAAUACUUAUUUUACGUUGAAAUCUGUGGUGAAAGUUGGUGAGAUUCACUUCACUUUUCAGUAGUAAGACAUUGUUUCGUACGCAUGGCGCCUUGAAUUCAGACAUUGUUUCAUUUCAGAUUGUUGUAGACUUCUUGUAGUUAAUUAAAAUUGAGUAUCUUUUGAUUAAAUUUCAGGUAAAACAUGAAUCUUUUUAGUUGGAA